AACCGUCCGAUCUUUCCUCAAUUGCUUACAUCUCUCGCAUAUAUACCUACCUUACCCUCUUUUUGCCCCUUUCUUCUCUUCCGUUCCUCAUCUCUUACACUGGCGGUCUCCCCUUGGCCGCAGGAGACUUCCGCUGGAGACUUCAUUCUGGAGAAACUAUUCACUUUUAGAGGUCUUCCAUGGAGAAGGAACUGGUCGGAUUGUAUGACACGGUAAAGAAGGCGGCAGAUUUGGCGAGCUCAACCGAUAGCGAAGUUGAAGAAAGCCGAUGUCUUGAUGCGUUCGAGCAGCUUAAGAAAUUUCCCGUCAAUUAUCAGAUUCUGGUGUCCACCCAGGUGGGUAAACAUCUAAAAGUUCUAACGAAGCAUCCAAGAAAGAAAAUCCGGGCUUUUGCUAUUGACCUGAUUGAGAUAUGGAAAGACAUUAUUAUCAAGGAAACAAGCAAAAAUAAGAAUGGGAGCUUACAUAAUAAUGUUGAGUUGGCAAAUGGGGAGAAAGCUAAAGUUGAGAAGGUUCAGAAGACUCAUUCGGUAAAGGUUGAGAAGGUUUCAAAAGCUGACACUGUCAAGAUUGAGAAAACUGAUAGGAAUGGGACAUCAAGCUCUGAAAAUGUAAAGAAGGAACAAUUUUCAGAUGUCAGAAGUGAGAAAGCUGUUUCUCCGGCAAAUGUUAAGGUAGAAAAAAUGGCCAAGGAUGAGAAGCAACCUUCUGGAGUGAAGAGGGCAUCCUCAAGCCCUGCUGCUCCACCAAAGCUGAAAACUAUGAUUAAAUCGAAUGAUGUGAUGCGAGACAAAAUAAGGGAAAUUCUGCAAGAGGCAUUCUCUAAGGUUUCUGGAGAGGCUGAUGAAACAAUCAUGGAUCAAGUAAAUGCAUGUGACCCUAUUCGGGUUGCUGUUACAGUGGAGUCUGUACUAUUUGAGAAAUGGGGUCCUUCUAACGGGGCUCAAAAAGUCAAGUAUAGGUCCUUGAUGUUUAACCUCAAGGAUCCAAACAACCCAGAUUUCCGGAGAAGAGUUCUGCUUGGAGAAUUUGCGCCAGAGCGACUCAUCAACAUGAGCACGCAAGACAUGGCUAGCGAUCAAAGGAAGCAGGAGAAUGAGAAACUCAAACAGAAAGCUUUAUUUGAGUGUGAGCGUGGACAACAACCAAAAGCCACGACCGAUCAAUUCAAGUGUGGUAAAUGCGGUCAAAGAAAGUGCACCUAUUACCAAAUGCAGACCCGUAGUGCUGAUGAACCUAUGACAACCUAUGUUACGUGCGUUUCAUGCAAUAACCGGUGGAAGUUCUGUUAGGGUAGUUAGUCUAGUGUCUCUCAAUGGAGAGCUAUUGUCAUGAUUUGUUAUUAAUUGGCAUCAUUUAGAGGUAUAAAAGUGCGAGUUUCAGGGUUUUUUACUUCAGCCGUGUCAAAUUUUAUACUCGAAACUAUAACAUGUUUUAUUAUGCUCCUAUAUGUAUUUUUAUUAGUUUAUCUACUUAGAAGUGGACUUUCUAAUUCAUUAACAUUUGUUUUCCAUCAA